AUUUUGCAUGCACUAUGAGUGUGCUCUGUUGGUGAUGUGUUGAGGCAGCGGGCAAAAAGUUUGUUACACGCAGUGUGAGAAAAUGUCCGGAGGUGUUGACAUGCUAUAAUCCUCUCAGACCCCUUAUAUCUUUGGGAAGCUUUGACAUAUCAUAAUCUUUUUACAAAAUCAGAAAAGAGAGGUCUUCAGUAAAGGCAGUAAGAAGAAAACUGUCCUGUCAUUCCUGGAGCCACACCACUCUCUUACUGAAUGUUUAGCUCGCUGCAUAGGCUGAGUAGCCACACACUCAACCGAGGGCAGAAGAUUUCCCCUAAGACACCUACUUCCAUUAGACGUGCUUGAGACUAUGUGAAUGCUCACUUCACCAACUUCGGUUUGCAAGUGAAAGAAGAAGAAAAGCCUGACACAAGACAAAUGAUCAGUAAUAAUGACUCUCACCAUCUACAACAGAGCCAAACACCAGUCGCUUCCUCUCCAGGUGAACAUCUCACUAAUUUUGUAGACAGGGAACAGCUAAAAGCCCCCUCCUACACACAUAAAAAUUGACUUUUCACCCCAGCCUAGAACUUCAGUGACUCCACAGACUGAACUAUCAGAUCUAGCAACCUAGCUAGCACGUUGUGAUCUGCUGGCAGUGGGACUCAAGGUUUUCGACAACUGUCCUGAAUCCUACUUGUCCUGGAAGUCCAUCUUCUGCAACACCAUAGAAGGCUCAACCUCAAGCCCAGCGAAUAGCUUGACCUGUUGACCAAGUGGCUCAGUGGGGAGUCACUUCAAUACCUUUAUCAAUACGCUCUGAGGAUCAGGGCGGUCCAUAUGAACAACCCACAAGCAGGCCUCCAACAUUUGUGGCAGUGUCUAGACAAGAGUUAUGGCACUCCAGAGUUAGUCAAAGCAUCACUCUUCCAACGCUUACAGACUUUUCCUAAGAUAUCCAAUAAAGACGCUCACCUGCUGCAGGAGCUUGCAGAUUUUCUGCUAAAGUAUGCACAAAGUGAAAAGUUAUCUGCCAGGCCUAAGCUUACUUGACAUCCCAAGGGGGAUAAACCCAAAAGUUGAAAAGCUACCUUAUGGACUCCAGGAGUCAUGGGUGAAACAAGGAACAAAAUACAAAAGAGACAAUGGUGCAGUUUACCCACCUUUCUCAUAUUUUGUUCACUUUGUAAAUGACUAUGCUGAAAUGAAAACAGACUUUGACUUUAUGUUACAAAGAUCAAACAUAGUAGCUCCAAAAGUUGACAAGACACUGGUAAAACCAACCAGAUACAGAGUUCCUGUUACGGUGAACAAAACAGAUAUCAGUCAAACAAACGCCACAACUCAAACAUCCAUUUUCAAUCCGGACAACAAUGUCCUAUUCACCACAAGCCCCAUUCACUCGCUAAAUGCGGGGGAUUUAGGUCAAAAAUACUGGAUGAAAGAAAAGGUAUUCUCAAAGAACACGCUAUUUGUUAUAAGCGUUGUUCCUCCAUAAAUCACAGAGCUAAAUACUGUAAAGCCAUUAUUCAAUGCUCAGAAUGUAAUAGUAAUGUGCACGUGUCCGCCAUGCAUGCUGGUCCUCCUCCGUGGAUACCUAAAGACUCUAACCCUCUGCCUCAGAACCACAGCGGGGAGUCCGAUUCCCAAGCCCUGUUACUACAAUCGGUUGCACAGAAGUGUGUGGCCAAAGCCUCAAAGGUAAAUCCUGCUCUAAGAUUUGCUUAGUCAAUGUUUAUCCCUGCACAUCCCCUGAAGAGAAAAGGAGCAUGUGUGCCAUGUUAGAUGAUACUAACAGAAUGUGAUCAGAUUCCAGAUAAAAGGGACAAGAUUUCCACCUCUGAGGCUGUGUUGGUUCACCCUCAUCUACAGGCAAUCGCUUCGGAGAUUCCUCUUCUGAACCCAUCAGCAGAAAUCCUUCUCCUCUUGGUCAGGGAAAUCAUCCAAGCUCACAAUGUCAGCAGUCAGGUGAAUGGUCCAAACAGUGCACCUCAUGCUCAACGCCUUGAUCUGGGAUGGGUAGUUAUAGGUGAUGUCUGCCUCUCACAAACCCACAGUGAACUCUUUUAAGACAAACAUUUUCAACAAACGGCAACCACACCUUCCUCAGCGCCUGUGAGAACAAAAUUUAUAUCAAAGACAAAUACACAGAAAGCUGUCAUACACUUGAUAAGACACCAGUUGAAUUGGACAGACGAAUUUUCCAGCAAACAGCAGAUGAUGACAAAGUGGCACUUUCAGCAGAAUAUGCUUUGUUGUUGGACAUUAUGCACAAAGACUUUGCAAAAGAUGAUGCAAAUAAUUGGGUUUAUAAUUGGGUUUUAUAAUAAUUGGGCAUAGACAGUCGUUUAAUGUCGCUUUGCAAAACGCUAAAAAGGAAACCUGAAAUGAGGGAGCAUUAUGUUGAGUUUUUGGACAAAAUCUUUAGUAAAGGCAAGGCAGAACCAGCUCCUGCUCUUACUUCAGACCAAGAAAGCUGGUAUCUCCCUAGUUUUGGAGUUUACCACCAUCAAAAGCCAGGGAAAAUUAGGGUAGUCUUCCAUUCGAGUGCUCAAUGCAGCAAUGUUUCUCUCAAUGACAUGCUUCUAAAAGGGCCAGAUCUCAAUAACACUCUUGUGGCAGUUCUGAUGCGUCUCAGGUCUGACACAUACGAAGUCAUGGCAGACGUGGAGCAAAUGUUUCACAACUUUCUAGUUUGAGAGGAUCACCGCGACUACCUUUAUUUCUUGUGCUUCAAAAACCAUGAUCUGGAUGGAGAAGUGCAGGAAUUCAGGAUGAGGAUACACGUACUUGGGAACUGCCCCUCCCCAUCCGUGGCCAUCUAUGGACUGAAACGGUCAGCGAUAGAGGGAGAAAGGGAAUCCAGCAGUGAUGCAAGAGAGUUCAUUGAAUGUCACUGUUAUGUAGAUGAUGGACUGAAAUUAUUCUCUUCCACAGAUGAGGCCAUUGACAUUCUCUUUAGAGCUCAGAAGAUGCUGGCUCAAUGUAACAUACGCCUGCACAAAGUCUCAUCCAACUGUCCAAUCAUAACAAAUGCUUUUCCAAGUGAGGACCUUGCAACGGACAUGCAGGGUCUUGACCUCGGGCAGACUACCCCACCCAUGGAGCGCAGCUUAGGCUUGGGCUGGGACCUGUCCACAGACCUGUUCAAGUUUCAGGUAACAGUCAAUCAAAAGCCCUUCACUAAACGGGGAGUGCUGUCAGUCAUUAAUAAUGUGUUCGACUCACUUGGCUUUGCUGUCCCAGUCAUUGUAGAAGGCAGGGACAUACUUAGAGACAUUUCCACUGACAUUUGUGAAUGGGACACCAAAUUGCCCAAAGACAAAUUACAACAGUGGCAACAAUGGAAAGACUCCCUCAAAUAUCUACAACAACUUGAAAUUCCCAGAAUGUACACCUCAAUACCACUAUCUGCAGCUCUAACUAAGGAGAUCCAUGUUUUUUGUGAUGCCUCCACUAAGGCAGUGGGCGCUGUUGCUUACCUCAAACUCACAGAUAGAGACGGGCACAGUGAAGUGGGUUUCCUUCUCGGCAAAGCACGGCUUUCCCCCAAACCAGACAUCACUAUACCCAGACUUGAACUUUGCACAGCAGUCCUGGCUGUUGGGUGGCUGAGUCCUGGAGGAGCUAGACAUUGUAGUCGAACAGGUGAGCUUCUACACAGACUCCAAAGUAGUGCUGGGUUACAUCUUUAACAAAAAGAUUAAAAAAAUUAUGAAAGCAGUGAUCUUUUCAGAGCGCAUUGGAGGCACGUGCAAUACCUCGCCAAUGUUUUCUGGAGCCGAUGGCAAAGGGAAUACAUCCCAGCACUUCAGAACCACCGCAAAUGAAAAACAGUAAAACCAAAUCUACAAACAGGAGAUGUUGUUCUGCUAAAGGAGGCACUUGAACAUAGGAACAACUGGCCACUUGGUUUCAUCACCAAAAUCUUCCAGAGCGAGGAUGGACUUGUAAGGAAACUAGAGGUGAAGAUUUUCUGCAAGGGUGAACUCAGUUGCUACACAAGACCUAUAAGUGAGGUUGUGUUAUUGGUGUCUACGGACAGUACUUAGAAUCAGGUAUUUUAUCUGUAUUAAUAUGCUAGAUGUCAGGCGGGGAAUAUUCUGUCCCUUUAUGUUCAGUAGUAUUGUAUUAUAUCACUAAAGCAUUUCUUUAUUUUCCCACUUGGGGUCAGUAUAUCCCUUACUGUUUUUGGGAGUUCAUCUUCGAUUAUAUUUUGCAUGCACAAUGACUGUGCUCUGUUGGUGAUGUGUUGAGGCAGCGGACAAACAGUUUGUUACAAGCAGUGUGAGAAAAUGUCCGGAGGUGUUCACAUGCUAUACUCCUCUCAGACCCCUUAUAUCUUUGGGAAGCUUUGACAUGCCAUAAUUAGGGUUGCUCCGAUCACUAUUGGCCGAUCGUUAUGCGCAUCGCGUCUGUAAAGCUAGUUCUAGAGGUUAGCAUUGUUAGCUGAGAAGAUGCGCAAAUCCACGUUCAUUUUCAGCGUUUAUUUGCGCAUCUUCUCAGUUAACAAUGGCUCAGUGUAGUAACAGCUGCUCUAUGUGAAAUCAGGCACCUGCUGGAAUUUACCGCUGAUUAGAGAACCAGCUUUACUGACGAGAUGCGCAUUAACGAUCAGCCGAUCGUGAUCGGAGCACUCCUAGCCAUAAUCUGUAAGUAAUUAAUGGCCAGUUUAGUUUUUUCUAAAUGUUCUGUUACUUAAGAAGUUAUUUUAACUCUUACAAGCAAGAAGUUGUUUGUGAUCUAAGUCAAGCUAAUGUUGCUAGCUUCUGUUUAGUAUGUGGUUUA